UUACCGGGAUCCAAAUGGCUCUCUGGAGGAGGCAACUGGGUUUAUCCUUAACCCGUCUGAGCAGUGCGGUGAUCCAGCGACACUUCAGCACCACUGGAGCGUGCCGAGCGAUACAGAAACUCACCCGCGUGCGAGUGGUGGACAACAGCACCUUGGGGAACACGCCCUACCACCGCCCACCAAAAUGCAUCCACGUGUAUAACAAGACCGGAGUUGGCAAAGUAGGAGACACGAUCCUUCUGGCUAUCAAAGGAGAAAAGAAGAAGGCUUUGAUUGUAGGGCACAAGAUGCCUGGCCCCACCAUGACACCUAGAUUUGAUUCCAACAAUGUGGUACUCAUAGAAGACAAUGGGAAUCCAGUAGGGACUAGAAUAAAGACACCAAUACCCUAUAUCCUGCGGCGGAGAGAAGGACAGUUCUCCAAAGUGUUGGCCAUCGCCCGCAACUUUGUCUGAACGCCUCGAAAGGUCUCUGGCCAUCCUGUGUACAUCCUUUCAUACAGUAGCUGUUCCUUGGUCCUUUUCUAGAAGAUGGUGAA